CUUUGAACAAAUGACCUCUGAUUUAUGGCCAGGCAGCUGACGGAAGGAAGAAGACGUCACACUAACCUAAAAAUUUCAGGUUUUAGGUUUUUUCGUGAAUUUAUUGAAAAUUAAAAAAAUAAAAAUGUUUUCCAGAGUUGUCAGGCUGGUACCAAAACUAGUAAAAUCUUCGGCAUGUCUCACCUCAACGAAUCUCGUAACACGAACACUAUCACUGACAUCCACAGCAUUGUCUCCACGCGUACAGCAACCCGCACCAAACUUUGCAGGCACAGCAGUAAUCAAUGGGGAUUUUAAAAGCAUACAACUCAGCGACUACAAAGGGAAAUAUGUGGUCUUAUUCUUCUAUCCUCUAGAUUUUACUUUUGUUUGCCCAACAGAACUGAUAGCUUUAGAUGAGAGGAUAGAUGAUUUCAAAGCUCUCAACGCUGAAGUCAUUGGAUGUUCUAUUGACUCUCAAUUCUCUCACUUAGGAUGGAUUAACACUGAAAGAUCGAAAGGUGGUUUGGGUCCAUUGAGAUAUCCUCUUCUCUCAGAUAUUAAUAAACAGAUCGCAAGAGAUUAUGAUGUCCUACUUGAAAAAGAAGGUAUUGCCCUAAGGGGACAGUUCAUAAUUGAUCCAAAUGGAGUAUUAAGACAGAUAACAGUCAACGACUUACCAAUUGGAAGAUCGGUAGAUGAAGUUCUAAGGUUGAUUGAGGCAAUACAGUUUGUAGAAAAACAUGGAGAAGUGUGCCCUGCAAACUGGAGAAAAGGAGAUAAGACUAUUAAACCAGACCCGAAAGGAUCACAAGAAUAUUUUCAAUCUAAGUCAUGCAAAUAGUUAGAAUACAUAACAUGUAAUACUCACAUUUAAAGGGGAUUUUGUUUUAUAAAAAUUAUAUUUUUAAUGCUUUA